CUUCUACCCGCCAGUCCAUUUUCCUCCUCUACUUUGUUGCAGGAGCGAGGAGGGAGGGUGUGAGAAAAUAACGUAGACAUCUUUACGCCGAUAGUCUUCUGUGUGGUGCCCCCGGCGGACCUACGCUCUCCGGCCCCCUGUGAAAAAAAGAUUCGGGGACACGUUUUGGCGUUGUCCAAACUGCUAUGCCCGCGCCUUCCGGACGCGACGAAGAACAGACAGAAGAUCAGGAGAUGGCCACCGAAGAAGCAGAAGACGAUUCUUUAGCCGGGUCGGAGGUGGCGGAGGAGGAGGAGGAAGAAGCGGGCAGCGGCAGGGGAGGCGCAGGCGAUGGGGGAAGCCAAGAAUCAGAUGAGGGGGCGUCGACGCGUGCUCCCCCGACCCCCAGCGUCGGCGGGGGAGGCACAGAGGAUGAGCCCCCUGGGGAGGAAGAAGAGGAGGAAGAGGAGCCCCCCGAGACACCGCCCAAGCCCAAGAAGACCAAGGCGAAGAAGCGCAAGGGCAAAGGCGGUGACGGUGAGCGCAAGAAGGGCAAGAAAAAGAAAAAGAAACGCGCCGCCUCGGAGGACGACGACGACAGCGACAGCCAGCUGCUUGGUGGCCACUCGGACAAUGACAGUGACUAUGUGGUGGACCGCAAGAGUGCCAAGAAGCCCCGGCUGGACAAGGCUGCUGCCGCUGCCGAGUCUGCGGCGUCCUCCGCUGCCGCAGCGGCUGCUGCUGCCGCUGCUGCUGCCCAGGCGGCCGCUGCAGGAGAGCCAGAGCAGCAGAAGAGCUCAACGGAAGUGUGCCAGGAGCUGGGCCUGACAGACGUGCCUAUGGAGUACACAGAUGCGGACUACCAAAACCUGACGAGCUACAAGCUCUUCUCGCAGCACGUGCGGCCUCUGAUCACCAAGGCGAACCCCAAGAUUGCAAUGGCCAAGAUAGUGCUGCUCAUCUCGGCCAAGUGGCACGAGUUCCUGAGGGACAACCCCAACGCGGAUGACGCCCUUGACGAAGAUGACAGGCCCGUGCGUCAGUCUAGGGCGGCUGCAUCCACACCUACUGGUUCCACCAAGGACAAUGAUGGGGAGCGGUCAAGCCGAAGCAAAACAAAAAAGAAGAAGUCGGUGCCUUUGCUGAAAAUUAAAUUGGGUGGCAUCGGCAAGCGUAAAAAGCAGAGCUCUGAAGACGAGAACAGUGUGAGCGAUCAGAGCGAUGCAGAUUUUGAGGCUGCGCUGGAAGAAGCGCAGAAUAUGACUCCUCCCCCGGCUAAGAGUGACAAGGGCUCCUCCAAGAAGGGCAAAGCCAAGAAGGCCAAGAAGAAGAAGAAGACCAAGACGACUGCAAGCUUCCCCAACUCGGAUGCGGAGAAUGAUGGCUACGAGACGGAUCACCAAGACUACUGUGAGGUGUGCCAGCAAGGGGGUGAAAUCAUAUUGUGCGACACGUGUCCACGUGCCUACCACUUGGUCUGCUUGGAGCCCGAACUCGAAGAACCGCCGGAGGGCAAAUGGAGCUGCCCGCAUUGUGAGGGCGAAGGUAUUCAGGAGCAGGAAGAAGACGAGCACAUGGAGUUCUGCCGGGUGUGUAAAGACGGUGGCGAAUUGUUGUGUUGUGACAGUUGUCCUGCGGCCUUCCACACCUUUUGUCUGAACCCCCCUCUGAAAAACGUCCCCACCGGAAAGUGGAACUGUCCGCGCUGCUCGGUGGAGCCGCUCAAGGGAAAGGUUCAGAGAAUCCUGUUCUGGCGCUGGGCCGAGGUGAAAGGAGACGCAAGCGGCGACGCCAAGAAGGAGGAAGGCGGCAAGGCCGAGGACAGCUCGAGCAGCAGCAAUGGCCAGGUGGCUGCAGUGCCAUCAACGUCGACGGCGCCCCCACCGCAGCCGUCUACAAGCAAGAAACCACAGCCAAAGCCACUGAGAGAGUUCUUUGUCAAGUGGCACGACAUGUCCUACUGGCACUGCUCCUGGAUCUCUGAAAACCAGUUGGAUGUCUAUCACCCGGGGUUGUAUCGCAACUACUGUCGCAAGAACGACAUGGACGACCCCCCGCUACCAGACGACGGCUCCAACGGGACCAGUGACAACAAGAGCAGCCGGGGGGAGAAGCAUGCACGAGACAAAAACUACCAGAAUCUGGAGGAGAAGUACUACCGGUAUGGCAUCCGGCCCGAUUGGCUGCAGGUGCACCGUGUCAUCAACCACCGGACGCUGCGCGACGGCUCGAACCUGUACCUAGUCAAGUGGCGCGAGCUACCCUAUGACCAGUCCUCGUGGGAGGCCGAUGAACCCGGAGAGUUCGAGAUCCCCGAUCUCCAGAAGGCCAUUCAGGACUACUGGGACCUGAGGGCCUCGGUCGAGAACGCCGACCAAGCUCCUGCCGCGAGCAAAAAGUCCUCCGGUGGGAAGAGCAAGUCCAAAAGCAAGAAGUCUAGGGAUCUCCGGGACGACGACUCCCGGGGCGGCCGGGGCACCCCAACCAGCCAGGACCGCACCCCUGUCGACCCAAAGCGAAAGUACGAGGUGCAGCCCCCAUUUGUCCUCGAGAACGACAACGAGCUGCACCCGUAUCAGCUGGAAGGGGUGAACUGGCUCCGAUUCUCCUGGGCCAACCACACGGACACAAUCCUCGCCGACGAGAUGGGUCUGGGCAAGACCAUCCAGACAAUCGUUUUCCUCUACUCACUCUUCAAGGAGGGCCACUGCCGUGGUCCCUUCCUCGUGAGCGCCCCGCUGUCGACCAUCAUCAACUGGGAGCGAGAGUUUGAGGUGUGGGCACCGGAUUUCUACGUGGUGACCUAUAUUGGGGACAAAGACAGUCGAGCUGUCAUUCGAGAGCACGAGUUUUCUUUCGACGAGAAGGCGGUUCGCAACCCCAACAAGGCCUGCCGCAUGAAGAAAGAUUCAGCAGUGAAGUUCCACGUUCUUCUGACGUCUUACGAAUUGGUGUGCAUUGAUGCCACCAUUCUCGGCUCAGUGGAUUGGCAGGUGCUGGUCGUGGAUGAAGCGCAUCGACUGAAAAAUAACCAGUCUAAGUUCUUCAAAGUGCUGAACAACUACAAGAUCAACUACAAGCUUCUUUUAACUGGUACACCACUCCAAAACAAUUUGGAGGAACUCUUCCAUCUCCUCAACUUCCUGAGUCCGCAAAAUUUCAACGACCUGCAGGGAUUCCUGAAUGAGUUUGCUGACCUGGCCAAAGAGGAGCAGGUGAAGAAGCUUCACGAUCUGCUGGGAUGCCACCUGUUGCGGAGGCUCAAAGCAGAUGUGCUCAAGGGAAUGCCCUCGAAGAGCGAAUUCAUCAUUCGUGUUGACCUUACCCCUCUCCAAAAGAAGUAUUACAAGUACAUCCUGACUCGUAAUUACGAGGCGCUCAACGCCAAGGGAGGCAGCCACUCGGUGUCCUUGCUGAACAUCAUGAUGGACCUGAAGAAAUGCUGCAACCACCCCUACCUAUUUCCCGCCGCCUCCCAGGAGGCACCGCGCAUGCCUAAUGGAGCAUACGAGGGCACAGCUCUCACAAAGGCAUGCGGCAAGCUCAUCCUGCUGCACAAGAUGCUGCGCCACCUGAAAGAAACUGGCCACCGUGUCCUCAUCUUCUCACAGAUGACCAAGAUGCUGGACAUCAUGGAAGACUUCCUAGAAGCCGAGGGAUACAAGUACGAACGUAUCGACGGCGGCAUCACUGGCAGCCAGCGACAGGAGGCCAUUGAUCGUUUCAAUGCUCCUGGUGCGCCCCAGUUCUGCUUCCUGCUGUCGACGAGGGCAGGUGGCCUGGGCAUCAACUUAGCUACCGCAGACACUGUCAUCAUUUAUGAUUCCGAUUGGAACCCACAUAACGACAUACAGGCGUUCAGCCGUGCUCACCGUAUAGGCCAGGCCAACAAAGUAAUGAUCUACCGCUUCGUGACGCGUGCCUCAGUGGAGGAACGCAUCACGCAAGUUGCCAAGAAAAAGAUGAUGUUGACUCACCUGGUAGUGCGACCGGGCAUGGGCAGCCGCUCAAACACCAUGUCCAAACAGGAACUGGAUGACAUUCUGCGUUUUGGCACUGAGGAGCUCUUCAAGGACGAUGAGGGCAAAGAAGACACUAUCCACUAUGACGACAAGGCGGUGGAGGAGCUGCUGGACCGCACCAAGGAAGGGAUCGAGCAGAAGGAGCUGUGGGCCAACGAGUACCUGGGCUCGUUCAAGGUGGCCGCCUACGUCACCAAGGAGGCCGAGCAGGAGGAGCCCGAGACCGAGGUGCUCAAGCAGGAGGCCGAGUCGGCCGACCCCGCAUACUGGGAGAAGCUGCUGCGUCACCACUACGAGCAGCAGCAGGAGGACAUGGCGCGCUCCCUUGGCAAGGGCAAGCGCGUCCGCAAGCAGGUCAACUACACGGACGCCAUGGGCGCCCAGGACGAUGCCACCUGGCAGGACAACCUGUCUGACUACAACUCAGACUUCUCAGUGCCCUCCGAUGACAAAGAAGACGAUGACGACUUCGAGGAAAAGAAUGACGGCGGCGCGGGAGAGAAGUCGCGCAACCGCAAGAGCCGGGGCGGGAGUGAGAAGGACAGGCCUCUACCCCCAUUGCUGGCUCGUGUCGGAGGGAAUAUUGAGGUCCUUGGGUUCAAUGCUCGACAGAGGAAGGCAUUCUUGAACGCUAUUAUGAGAUAUGGCAUGCCUCCCCAGGAUGCUUUUAACUCUCAAUGGCUGGUAAGAGACCUGCGUGGCAAGUCCGAGAAGAACUUCAAGGCGUACGUGUCGUUGUUCAUGCGGCACUUGUGUGAACCUGGUGUUGACAACGCAGAGACAUUUGCUGACGGCGUCCCUCGGGAAGGGUUGAGCAGGCAGCACGUGCUGACACGGAUCGGGGUCAUGAGCCUCAUCCGCAAAAAGGUGCAAGAGUUUGAGCACAUCAAUGGUAGCUACAGCAUCUUGCCCGAGGAACUUGGCUUGGAUAAAAAGAACUCUGAGGCAACGGCUGACGGAGCGGCGGCCUCUUCCGAGGACAAGGACAAGAAGCCAUCUGUGGAUGAGAACAAGGACAAGGAUGCAGCACCCAAGGACAAGGAAGGCUCCGAGGCUUCAACACCCACGACGUCAACAGAGGAUGGGGACAAGGCCAAGGAAGCAGCAAGCAAGGAGCCGCCGUCCUCUUCGAGCGACGCAAAAAUGGAGACUGAGGGUUUGGGGUCAUCAGAGUCAAAGUCGCAGGAAGGAAAAGCUGAAAGCGAGACCAAGAAGGAUGAAGAGGCAGCAGCAUCAACAGCGACCAAGGACAAUAAGGAAGUCGUGGUGAAGAAGGAACCAAUGGAAGAGACUGCGCCAGAGGCCAAGGCUGCCGCCGCCACCACAUCCAAAGCAGAAGAAGGGGAGAGUGGGAAGCAGGCUUCCAAGUCGGCCGAAGACGAUAAGAAGCCCGCUGCAGCCGACGAGAAGAAGUCUGCGGACGGCAGCGGCAAUGGCGAGCGCAGCGGUGCCGCAACGCCCGCGCCAAGCACGGCAGCGACACCGAAGCCCAUCGUGCCGCUGAGCAAGCGCAAGUUCAUGUUCAACAUCGCCGAUGGCGGCUUCACGGAGCUGCACACCCUGUGGCAGAACGAGGAACGAGCGGCCGUGCCGGGCCGCGAGUACGAGAUCUGGCACCGGCGGCACGACUACUGGCUGCUGGCGGGCAUUGUGAAGCACGGCUAUGGCCGCUGGCAGGACAUCCAGAACGAUGUGGCCUUCAGCAUCAUCAACGAGCCCUUCAAGAUGGACGUGGGCAAGGGAAACUUUCUCGAGAUUAAGAACAAGUUCCUGGCCAGGAGGUUCAAGCUGCUGGAGCAGGCCCUGGUGAUUGAGGAGCAGCUGCGCCGUGCGGCCUACCUCAACCUCACGCAGGACCCAAACCAUCCGGCCAUGGCGCUCAACACCAGGUUUGCGGAGCUCGAGUGCCUUGCGGAAUCGCACCAGCACUUGUCGAAAGAGUCCCUUGCAGGGAACAAGCCGGCAAAUGCUGUCCUCCAUAAGGUGCUGAACCAGCUGGAGGAGCUGCUGAGCGACAUGAAGUCGGAUGUGAGCCGGCUGCCUGCCACGCUGGCCCGCAUACCGCCAGUAGCCCAGCGGCUGCAGAUGUCCGAACGGGGCAUCUUGUCGCGGUUGGCGGGCCAGCCAUCGGGGCAGGCAACACCCCUGGCAGCAGCCAUGGGACCCCACGCUGCCGUGAUGCCCUCACAGGCCGCUGUCGCUGCCGCUGCAGCGGCCGCUGCCGGCGCACCCCCUCCACCGCCGGGAUCUGCCGGACCCUCCUCCGCCGCUGCCGCGGCUGCGGCCGCCGCAGCGGCGGCCGCCGCCGCUUUCUCGAGCCAGUCGGCCCUCGCCCAGGCCUCAGGUCAGACUGCCUCGCCUGACGCUGGCGGCAACAGCAGCCCGUCCUCCUCUUCUUCCUCCUCCUCACCUACCUCUGCCGAGCCGUGAUGGCGCUGUGCUGCCUGUUUUCCAACCACUUCUGUCUCCACUGCCAGAAGCAGACACCUCCUCCUCUUGCUUGUCCUUCACAUUGAGGAGCAAUGACUGUGCUACUCAAUAUUGCCUCUGCCUGUGCUUUAUUUCCUCGCGCACAUUUUUGCCUGGACAUCUUUCUAGACUCUUUUUUUUCCUUCUCCUGCAACAGCCCUUCUUGCUUGUGAGCUGUGAAUGCACUCCCCAUGCUGCCUCAGCCUGAUCUGUCUGUGCUGCAACUGUCUCUCAAGCUAACCCAGCCUUUAUGGCCCUCUUGUGUGGUGCAAUGCAUUUUCCUUCUGCUGUCCCUGCCUCACUGCUUUACUGUCUCAAACACAUGUUUGGCAGCCUGCUGUUCCCACCUGCCUCCUCUGCACCUUGGAAAGCUCACAUUGUGUCGCACACAUGUACCUUGUAACAAGCUGUACGACCUGUGGGAUGCUUGGAUUUCAUUCUUUGUUGCCGACUCUGUCCAGCUUUGUUCAGUGCCUGCUCCUUUUGUGACAUGUUUCUGUCCUGUCUGUAGCCAACGCCUGCAAGAUUUAACGCCUGCCGGUCUGCUGUUGCCACUAGGCUGAGCCACUUUGCUGAAGGCCACUUGUGGCUUUUGUGAUCCAAGUGACACUCUGCGUCUUUGGCUGGUCAAUUCACAGCAUCCUGGUGGUGGUGCUACUAAGGUUGUGUAAGCAAGCAGUUAAGCUUUACUGCAACAAUAAAUAGGCGGCCCGGUCGUAGUUGCACGACUCCCGAGUUACCCUUAUUAGGGCCUACUUAUUCUUGCAGUGCGGCCCGAUAGCUAGCUGUCUGGCACAAAAUUUGUAGCGCAGCUGGAGAACUGCUGAAAUGACCAGUCGAAGUAGCCUCAGGCUUCAUCAGGCAGGACAUUUUGUCCUGCCUGAUUGAGCUAGGACAAGCGUCUGCUGCAAACUAAGUGAGCCUGGUGCGGUUGGCAUUUGCCUGCCUCCCCUCAGGUCUGUGUCUUGCCUGUGCAGCGAAAGCCCUUCGCUGACUGACGUCGUAGCACAAGAUGGCACCUGUAUGCUUGCUUUUUGUGGCCAUCUAGCCUAAUCGCGUGCUCGUCAACCCGUUUGAAGCCUUGCCAUCUUGCUACCGGCUACCUGAAGCUUUUGCACACUUGCAUCUUCAGCUGCAACUUUUUUGUUUUUGUAAUCUUCCCUUUGAUGCUUUCCUGUGUUAGUGCACCUUAGCACAUUGAAUUUUGGUGUUGUUGUGCUUGUGCCAGUAAUGAGUGACUUUCUGAUUGUUUUAUGUUGGGUGGCCAAGUGGCAUUAUUUUUUUGCUUGCUUACAAUCUGGGAUUCUAACCUUUAUGCCUCAUUCACUAGUUUUCAUUGCAUGUCACUCAGUGGCAGUCAUUUAUCAUGUACACUCAUGCUUGCGCUUGGAUUGUGUUACGAUUCUUGGGGCGGCAGAUCUUUAGCUUGCCUGCUUUUCCUCACAUUGCUCUCCUGCGAGUCUCUGUGUUGAAGGGAAUAAUGUCCUCCUUUUGAAAUCUCAUUUUCUCACAAAAAGGCCUUCGCUGUAACGGACAUAACAAAGAAGGUAGCUCUAGUCCCCCACUAACCUUGCAUCAUGUGACCAGUGCCUCUGAUGCUGGCAAUGCAUAGAUUGAUUUUAGAAAUGCAGUUUCUCAUUGCAUGAAGACCUAUCGGAAAUGCUGAGACAUGUUUUGGUUUUUCCUCCCAGUAUAUUUGGCUUAUGCUUUGAUGUUUUGUUGUUAAUGUUUGCCAUUUUCUUGUUAAAAGGAAUAAAUGAUUUAACUCUGUA